AUGGACCCCUCCGCGGGUCGCGACCGCGCGCAGGAGAGUACGGCGGACAGCGCGGGGCCCCGUCCUCAGCCGCCCGCCGCACCUCGACUCCGCGUUCCUGCGCAUCCGGCGGCGUCGGAGCCUGUGCGGCGCCUGGAGCGUGGAUUCUCUCUUCCGCAUCAGGGGAAUGCGCGCCCGACCUCCCCAGAGUAUUCCCGCAGUCCCCACGGCGGCGCUCUCCUGGUCCGCGCGAGCCUCACCGUCGUGGAGCAGAUGGUGAGCACUCUCCUGCGAGCCCUCGCUCUCCUCAUCGCCGAUCUCCCCCAGGUCGACCAGGCCGGCGCUCACCGCGAGCGCGAUCCCCCGCGCAACGCUCUCCCCGGCGAUCUCCGGCGACGCGGGGGAGGGGGUCGCCUGGACGUCGCUGAGAUUCGAGUCGCUGAUCCGGCUCUCGCUCGAGCCACGAACGCGUUUGCGGAGGUGGUGCGUCAGGCGCGGGCGAGUGGGGAGGAGACCCACGUGCACAUUGCAGUAACCAACGGCCCCCCCCUCGACUCGGACCCUGGCCAGGCGGCCCCUCUGCGCGCGCCGACGCUGCGCGAAUAUCUGCCCGCGCGGGAGGGGAGGGUUCAGUUCCGCCAACCGCGUCCGGUCCCGCCGUUCUCCUCUCCGCGCUUCUCUGUUGGCCGGGCUCCGGGCUGGCCGUCGUCGUUUCCCCGCGACGCCCCGACUGUUCCUCCCCCCAUUCGCGCGGGGAGAGACCCCACGCCGACCCUGUGCAGGAUUCUGAAUUUGGUGGAGGCGUGCGAGGUGGUGGCGAACCUGCAGCUGGUGGUGUGUGGGGCCACGCGGAGUUUUCCGGGCAGUUACGGUCCAGGAUCCCGAGGAUCCUGCGUGUCUUUGGCAGAAUCGCUCGAGUCGCCGUUGGCACCCGUGUCGGAAGCGCCCGCCGGGGUAGCGCCCUUAGCGCGUACCUUCCCCCGCCACGUGGGGGAUCUAGUUGGGGCUGCUCAAGCCGGGACCCCCGUGGAGACACUUCAGGCGUCAGCGCAUCUUCUUCUUUCGAUGUCGGCGUGCAUGCGCUCCAUGCUUGAGGCUGAGGGGGCGGAGCCGUACACGAUGUAG